UUAUGUCCUUAUCCUUGAAGUGCAUCUAGAGAUUUGGUUCUUAUCCCUUACCAAGAAAGAUUGGUGUCUUAGGCUAUGGUGCCAUUGGGAGUGCAUUUAUUGAAGUUCUUUUGAAAAACCACCCAAGUAAUAAAUUGUUCUUUAUUCUUAGAUGCCUAAAUAGUCGCUCUUGACAAAUAUGAUGCCUUUAGACCAAAUGAGAAUCGUUUUGAAUGUAUAAUAGAAGAGAGAACCAAACAAAACAUAGAUGACACACUUACAAGGAUGGGGUAAGGAAUUCUUUAAUAUAUUAGAUUGCAAAGCGGAGAUAUUUUAGUGGAUUUAUCAACAAACAUUGAAUUCCUAUCAAUAUGGCCAUUAUGUGCAUAGAAAAAGAUAAGAUAUAUGAAUACAGCCUUAGAGUAAUGGGAAGACAGCGAGGAUGCUAAUUCUUGUCCUAAGAAUAGUGAAGAAGCAUACAAGCUAUCUUUGGGAUAUAUAAAAGACAAGGCUAAACAAUCAAAGUAUUGGAAUCCAAAGAGUGGAGCUACAAGCAUACUAGAAAUGGGAUUCAAUCCUGGUGUUAUUUCACAUUGUGUAAAAAGAGGAUUGGAAGAUUGUGCAAAGUAUUACUUGAUGCACGAGGAUCAAUUCAAAGAUGUGAACAAAUAAUUGUUGAAGAAAUAUUUGGAAGCUAGAAAUCAUUCUAAACUAGCCCAGGUGUUGGGUGUUCAUACAAUACAUUGUUCAGAAUAUGAUAAUUAAAUGAUGAAGGACAUUCCAAAAGAUAUUAAUACCAAAUUUUACAAUACAUGGUCCUGUAGAGGAUUCUUAACUGAAGGACUUGUACCAAUCUAAGUGGCUAGAGGAAGUCAUGAAGACCCUGAAAUAGAAUCCAUGUAUACUAUUAGAAAUGGAAAAACCAUUGUAUCAACUAAACCUUCAGUACAGACUUUUGCUAAGAGUUGGCUUCCUAAUUAAGAUAUUACUGGAGUAUUGAUACCUCAUGGAGAGGCUUACAGUAUUUAAGAUUAUUUGGCAGACCCUGAAACUGGUUAUGCACCAUCUUAAUACUAUGUUUAUGAUUAUAAUCCUUUGGCUAAGAAAUUUAUUUCUGGUCUUCCUAAGAAUGCUGACAUCAACAAUACUCAUCCUUAAAUGGAAGUUAUUCAUCCAAUCAAUCAUCCUUCUUUAAGAGGAGUUGAUAAGGUUGGUGCAAUGAUUAUUAUGAAUAAUAAUAGAGGUUGGUGGACUGGUAGUAUUAUGGAUGAGGUUGAUAGUUCAUUGUUAUUUAAUGGAAGAUUUGGACCCACUGUUUUAUAAGUUGUGGGAGGAGUUUAUGCAGGAUUUUUAUGGAGUUGUAUCAAUCCAAAUAUUGGAUCACAUUUCCCAGAGAGUAUUGACACUGAUUUUCUUUUGAACAUUGUAAUUUAAUUAUCAUAACAAUUUAGGGAUAAAAAACAAUGGGUAGAUUUGUUUCAGUUAAUGUGGACUUGACUAAGACAUCCAUUAAAGAUUGUUAUAAGUUGCAGAGCUUCAUUUGUGAUAAGCAAUGAUU